AGAGAAAAACGUAGCAAUGCUGGCAGUAAAAUGGCUAAAUUACUGAAUGAUGAAGAGGAAGAUGAAUUUUAUCAAACAACUUAUGGUGGUUUUAAUGAGGAAGGUGAAGAUAUAGAUUAUGAUUCUAACAAGUCUGAUUCUGAUGAUAUGAUUGAUUCUGAUUUUGAUAUUGAUGAGAAUGAUGAAGUUAAAAGUGAUAUGGAAGAUGAUGAACCGAAGAAAAAGAAAACUACUACUGGUGUUUAUAAGGUACCAAAGCCAGCUAAGCCCCAAGAAAAGAAAUCUGAAGUUAAGAAAGAAAAGAAGGAACCUAAACCUAAAGCUGAGAGAUCAUCUAUACAGAUUUAUCAAACUUCACCCUUAAUGGAAAGAAAAUCAAGACGAGCUGCCACAGCAGUAAAAUCUCAGGCUACAGCUAAGAGAGAAAAACAAAGGGAAGAAAAGAGUAAAAUGAUGAAGGAAAUGGCAGCAAGAAAAAAUGUGCCUGAAGUAAGAAGGUUGACGCAGGAAGAAUUAUUAGCUGAAGCUAAAAGAACAGAAAAAGAAAAUUUAAAGAGCUUAGAAAACUACUAUAAACUGGAAUUGGAGAAGAAAAAAAGUAAAAUACAGAAACAAGUGUUUAAAGGACCUAUUAUAAGAUAUCAGUCUGUUAUUAUGCCUAAUUUAGAAGAUUAUGAACCGGAUAUUAUUAAAUUAGAAGAUAUGGAAACUGAUGAUAAAUGUUCUAGAACUUUUAUAACUUUUACAGAAGAUCAUGUCUACCAUGAUUUUUUCCCUCAGAAAAAACAAAAACCAGUUCAAAAACAAAUUUGUCCAGUGACUAAAUUACCAGCUAAAUAUUUUGACCCUAUAACCCAAACUCCUUAUGCUACAUUAUAUGCCUUUAAAUGUAUUCGUGAAGCUUAUGCUCAACAAUGUGAA